AUGACGCGGCGGUACCUUUCUGCAUCUGAGUGGGUAAAAAAUCGAUGUUCUCGGCGAACAUCGUCUGGGUCCUUCAUCAACUACAGGCCGUUGUCUGAUCGAGGUCAGCCCCUGUAUCAGCAGAGUUCAGCUAUGGACGAGGAUAAUAAUGGACCUCCGGGUCUGACAAACCAUGAUAGCGAACAAAUGAGCGACAUCGAGCUGGAUUUGAUUUGGACCGACAAUCAGCAGUACAUGGAGUACCAGCCCUUGAAGCCCUGCGGACUUGGCGGCGUUUCCCCAGAGGACCACUUUAUGGUGCUUGUCACUACUAAGCGGUCCAAGCAAGAUGUCCUCCCAUCGACUUCCGAGUCUCAAAUUGGGAGGUUGAAUAAGAGCACGGAAGGGAUCAUUCAUCGACUAGCCACGAUCUCAACCUCUUGUCCCGACCUUGUCAGUUUAAAGACAAAAUCAAGCGAAGAACCACCGCCUGUCGAGGUUGAGUAUCAGUCCAGGCGCAUCAAGAGGCUGGCGCCAGUCCCACUGCCAUCUCCUGCCAUUUUCUUUCCGCCGUUUAGCGGUGAGAACUCCACGGCCGACGAAGAUGACGACGCAUCUACAGAUAUAGCCAAUACCGCAUCGUCAGAGAAGCAUCCAACCCCUGCAUCGCUAGCGUGA